GUACGUUUGGGUUGCUCGCCCCGCCCAAUGGCCGUGCGUACGUGCGUCGUCUCUAUGGUGGCGGCGGAUUCGGAGGGACCGAAGGAUUCUGGCGUCAGGAUGUUCCGCCGGGAGCCCUCCAUUCCCCUUCGUGGUUCUGCUGCCGCCCUGUGCAACAACCUCAGUGUGCUGCAGCUGCCUGUCCGCAACCUCACACAUUUUGGGGUAGUCCAUGGGCCCAGCGCCCAACUUCUGAGCGCUGCUCCUGAGGGUGUGCCCUUGGCCCAGCGCCAGCUCCACGCUAAGGAGGGAGCUGGAGUGAGCCCUCCACUUAUCACCCAGGUCCACUGGUGUGUCCUCCCCUUCCGAGUAUUGCUGGUGCUCACCUCACACAGAGGAAUACAGGUGUAUGAGUCUGAUGGCUCCGUCAUGGUCUAUUGGCACGCGCUGGACUCUGGAGAUGCCUCUCCAGUACAGGCUGUGUUUGCCCGAGGAGUUGCUUCCAGUGGCCACUUCAUCUGUGUGGGAACGUGGUCAGGCCGGGUACUGGUAUUUGACAUCCCAGCCAAAGGUCCCAACAUUGUACUGAGUGAAGAGCUGGCUGCGCACCCAACAUCAAUCACAGACAUUGCCAGCGAGCCUGCCCAAGGACAGGACUGCAUGGCUGACAUGGUGACGGCAGAUGACUCAGGCUUGCUAUGUGUCUGGCAGUCAGGUCCCGAAUUCAAAUUAUCGACCCGCAUUCCAGGAUUUGGGGUCCCAUGUACUUCCGUGCAGCUGUGGCAGGGGACUGUAGCAGCAGGCUAUGGGAAUGGGCAAGUACGUUUGUAUGAGGCCAGUACAGGAAUUCUACAUGUCCAGAUCAACGCCCAUGCCCGGGCCAUCUCUGCCCUGGACCUGGCUCCCGAGGUGGGCAAGCUACUGUCUGCGGCCGAGGACACCUUUGUACACAUCUGGAAGCUGAGCAGAAGCCCAGAGAGUGGCCAUAUUGAGGUGGAACACUGCCAUGGUGAGUGUGUGUCCGACACCCAGGUGUGUGGUGCCCGAUUCUGUGAUCCCUCAGGCAGCUCCUUUGCUGUGACUGGCUACGACCUUGCUGAGAUCCUAAGAUUCAGCAGCGUGUGAGAGGACAGCAGCCCUCCUUUCUCCCUGUGGUAUUUAUAAAGUACCUCCAACACCUA